UGGAGUCCAAAUACACUCUUAAAACACACACACACACACAUAUUUGUGAUGGCAGGGUCUAAGUGAAUGUCAAUUAUUUUGCUUUACGUUGUGAGAAAAGAGGAAACAGUGGCUCCUCCUCACACAUAGCAACUAACUGGUGCGUCAUACCUAUUUUUUACAGUCGAAGAGCAGGCGCUAGAUACUCUGCAUUGAUUGCUGUCGUGUCUUUUGAGUCAUGUCGUUUCGGAAAGCGGUCAGACUCGCGUGCGGGUUCGCCGGUGGAUCUGCGGUGCUGGUGUGCGCGGCGGUCGCGGCAGAUAAUCACGGGUACUUCGGGGAGCGAUGCCGAUUCAGAAAGACUCUGGCUGCCGUGCACGCAGCGCAGCCUUCGGUAUUUCCCACUGCGAACGGAUGGGAUUAUAAUUGGGACAAACGUGAGCCCUCCUCUAUGGUGAACGGGAAGAGAAAGGAGAGUGCCGGUGACAGCGAAAAUCCAGAUGGGGAGAACAACAAACCCAAGGCCACACGCUACAUCUGCCUCAUCCGACACUCUCAGUACAACCUCAAGGGGGAAGGAGAUAAAGAGAGGGUCUUGACACCUUUAGGACGUGAACAGGCUGAGUUAACAGGACAGAGAUUAGCAGCGCUCGGAUUGAAGUACAAUGUGCUCAUCCACUCCUCCAUGACCAGGGCAACAGAGACGGCCAACAUCAUCAGCAAAUACCUGCCAGGUGUGGAGCUUGAAAGCUGUGAUUUACUGCGAGAGGGUGCGCCCAUAGAGCCCGUCCCACCAGUCUCUCACUGGAAACCAGACGCAGCGCAGUACCACGAGGACGGCGCACGGAUCGAGGCAGCCUUCCGCCGGUACAUCCACCGAGCCGACCCUAAGCAGAAGGAGGACAGCUUCGAGAUUAUCGUCUGUCAUGCUAAUGUCAUCCGCUAUUUUGUGUGCAGGGCUCUGCAGUUUCCUCCCGAGGGCUGGCUGAGGAUGGGUCUGAACAACGGGAGCAUCACCUGGCUGACAAUUCGUCCCAGUGGCCGAGUGGGUCUCCGAUCGCUGGGAGACUCCGGCUUCAUGCCUCCAGAUAAACUCAGCCGGACUUGACGUUCUCAAGCUAGAUCAGCAUGGCCUCCAUUACAGCCAAGAACUGAAGGACAGAUGUUAGAGUUUCAAAGGGACAAAACCUUUCCGUAAAUGUUCUCUUUUUCGAUUGUGAUUUCAAAUUCACCACCUCGUAUAGCGAGUUUAAUAAUAAUCAUACAUGGCUGCAGUUUAGGAGAACAUUGCUGUGAAAAAUGUCCUUUGCAACUCUACAAUCUGUGGCUGUAGUGAUGGGUUCUCCUUAAGUGUCUUGAAUGUACUGAUUUUGUAUUUUUUAAAACACACAAGUUAAGGAUUAUUGAUAUUUCUCCAAUUAGACACUCCUGUGCCAUGCUUUGUCUUAUCAAUAGCUGUGAUGGAAAGGUGAAAGUAACCAGCAAGUGUAUUUUUUUUUUACGUUUAUAAUGACUUCAGAGCAUCUUGCAAACUCUGGAGGUGGUGUCCAUUUGCACUGUUUACGUGGUUACGUUUGUUUUAGAUGCAAGGUGUGAAUUUGCUAAAAUGUGAGAAUCUUGCCACUGAGGAAGACUGUGUUAAUGUUUGAUGACAGAAGAAAAUUGACUGAAAUUUUUUAAUUGAGCUGGCAUUCAGUGUUUGUGUCAUUAAAAAAGUUCAAAAUAAAAUUGUUGUGCUUAA